GAGGAUAGCGUUUCUGGGAGGGGGUUCAAGCAAAUGACGCCAUACGGUAUUUUUUUGUUGUCCGUAAGGUAGGGGAAAAUGUCCGCCAUUCGUAGUUCGCGGUGGCGUUGAUGUUUGGUGCGCGCGAGACCGCCAGGCGAUGUGAUCUAGUGGCACUGUGGUGUUCCAUUCGGCGAGGCCCGAGCGUGUCGCUGUUUGAUAUGCGGUGCUUUGUGGUGCGCUUCGUCGUAGGCAUCGAGCGCUGGAUGGCAACCUAACUGCGGUUGAAAGGGACGUGUCUGUCACGUGGUUGGCGUUUUUCUUUGUUUGCCCUUUCGGGUAAGUUGGCUACACCUGGAUGUGGGUUGUGUGUGCAUCGCUCGUCGCAUGAGAUGGGACCGAACGGGUGAGUCGGCAAGAGCAGCGGCUGGCGGUGGUGUGAGGCGCUCGCAUGGGCUCACCGCUGCCGCCCGCAUGUUGUCGCCGGUGCCGUUCAGGAUAUGUUGCAUAGCAGCGAUGGCCCCCGCCCUGACGGAAGCGGCUAGCCAAGCGGAGAGCUUCAGUCUGCCCCCGUGCGGUCACCACCCCGCCUCGCCGCCCUCGGAGCCGUACAAACUAAACCUCUGGGACACCGUGACGGCGUUCGCCAACUCCAAGCUGUUCCGCGCCGCUCAUGCUGCCAUGAACAUGGGCAACGGCAGCUCGCCGCCGCCGGUCGCCUCACCUCGAGGCAGCCCCGAGCUGCUCGAUUUGGCGCGCACGCGACGAGGGGUACUGGAGCGGCGCGCCGAACGACUCGAGCGGCGGCUGCGGAGGUUGCAGCUGCGCCAGGCAUGCCAGCACUCGGCGGGGCAGAUGGCCGCUUUUUUCGAGCACCAGCAGACCUCGCUGGGACUGCCCUGUCUGAUGCCGCAGCGUUUGCUGCACCGCAAGCUAUCGCGCGACGGCGCCGACAUCAAGGCCGAGUUUCUGCUGCAGAGCGAGGACGUCAAGAGCCUGUCGACGGCCGCGCUCGUCAGCCUGGUGCGCAAGCUCGAGGAGUCGCACGGUUCGGCCGCCGCCGCCGACCUGCGGCUGAGUGCGCAGGACCGCGCCGAAGGCGAGCGCGUCUCGGCCGCCCUCCGCGCCACGCUUUCUCACCAGGAGAGGGCCGUCGACUCGGACGCCACCGAAAGCAGCUCGGGAGGCGAAAGCGGAGACGACGAAGGCGAGCCCUCCCUUCGGCGGCAGAGUGCGGCGUGGCGUUGGUCCGUGGACCGUGCUGCCUUGGCCUCUCGCUGGACGUGGCUGCAGGCACAGGUAGCCGAUCUCGAGUUUCGCAUCCGACAACAGACGGAUCUGUGCCGGCAGCUGCGGAGAGCCAAAGGUGACGUGUGCCUCGAAGGCCAAGACCCGCACCAUGCCGACGACGACGACAAGACGGAGGCCAAGCCAAAUGGCCUAGUUCUCUCUGAACUCUUGCCCGGCUGCGCACGGACACGGGCGCUGGCAGCCGGUUUCCGUAAGCGGAAGGUGGUGGUUGCUGCCUCGGCGCUUGUCUCGGCACGCAAGUCGGCCCGUUUGUCAGCAACAGUACAGUGUCCGUGUCGUUCAGUGUGUGGACCCACGUCUCCCGGUGCCGCAGCUGCCGACUUGGCCGCAUCUUCAGCAGAUGGUGGUCUGGCAGUGGAUGGGCCUACCCUGCCGCCACUUGCGCCGUGCUUAAUAUGCGGUGGGCGCUACAACAGUGUUCGAGCAUUGGACACUGAGCUAAUGACGCGUCAAGAAAAGGCAGCGCUGCUCGACCCGGGCUUCCACCCUGUGCUCUCAUUCACCACAGAGAUACCACUGAAGCUGCACUUUGAAAUGCUGCUACGAACAGGAGAACUUCAAAAGCUUGCACUGAGAGCGUCUGCGACAUUAAGGAAAAAGUCUCGCUUGGCCCAAGUGACUGGCCUCACUGUGGACCAGGCACGCAAGAAAAGCAGGAAGCUAGCACAUAAUGCUGCCCAGACUCUUCUUUCGUCAGCAAAAAUGAGGCGGCAUCAUAGUGACAAAAAGCGACCGUAUCGUCGCCACUUGGAUGGCGAGGUGACAACAAGCGAGUCGUGUUAUGAUGGCUCCUUCAGGCGAGUGGAUGGCUCUUUCACUUUUGUGUCAAAGCAGCGAGAACGGCACCGUACCUUCUCCACUGCAUCAAGCGGCAGUUCCAAGGCUGCCUCUCCUGUGCCUUCACCUGCACCAUCACUUGGUGAUUCAUCCCAGCUUCUUUCAGGUGGAGCUCAAAACCGGUCUAUUCUUCAGGAGGUCUUGCGGAAACGCAGAGGUGAAAAUGCAUUUGACAUCAACAACAUAGUGAUCCCCUACAGCAUUGCCUCAGCCACGCGAGUGGAACGUUUGCCCUACAAGGAGAUCCUCACACCAAAGUGGCGUGCAUUAACAGAAGAGGAGCUCAGUGAAACUAUCCAAGACUGUGGAGACAUGCCGGAUGAAGUUGAGGACAUGACUGAUGAGGCGUUUGAGGCUCGACACCAGGUCUGUGAGGAGGAAGAGAAGCAACGAUUCGCAGGACUCCUGUCCAAAGCAGUUAUAACCCAGUCAAAGCCUUCUGGUGGCUCCCAAACACCGCACCACAGGCUGCCGUACGACUCUAUGGAGAGCUCCAUGUCUCCUCCACCUUCUGGCCUGCCCUGCUGUGCCCCAUGCGAAGUGGACCCCUACGAGCCUCGUACCUUCCCAUUGGCACAGGAGGAGUACGAACAAAUGGUGGCAGACUCCCCACAUUUGCUACCUUCGCCAGCUGCAUCGCCUUCCCACAUGGUCACUGACACUUCCCCUCCCCCUCUGGAGCCAGGCCCUCUGGAGUCUGAUACCCCUGGGUCAGGUCCACUAGAACUAGGCCCUCUGGAUCUGACUCCAGAGUUAAGUCCUCCGGAACCAGCCCCUCUGGAGACAGCACCUCUCGAGCCACCAUCUCUCGAGGCAGCACCUCUCGAGCCACUACCUCUCGAGACGCCACAUCACGAGCCACUACCUCUCGAGACACCGCUUCUCGAGCCACCACCUCUUGAGCUACUCGAGCCAGCAGAGGAACCAGAUCCAGGUGGCUUGACUUUCGACCCCAACAGUUAUUUGGUACCUAAGGAUGUUGCACAUCCUGACCCACCAGCUGAGUGCAUGAGUGUUGUGCCCAUGUCGAAUGACGAUCCUGGCUGGACAUCUGAGACGGAAGAGAAUUUUAUUCUCAAGUUGACCAAGAGAUAAUAGACCAAAGUGGCUUCUGGUGGAAAGGGCUCUCCGAGCUCCUUUCAUUUUGCUGCAGUGUGAUGGGACAUCAAAGAAGGAUGGUGGAACGUGUGUGUGUGUGUGUGUGUGUACAUCUUCAAUGCACAGGAUAUGUGUGUUGUGUGUCCACACUGUCCCAUGAAGCCGAGUGACAUGUGACCCGCCAUGAAAAACAUUUGUGGCCUGUUUUCUCUUUGUUUUUUUUCUGUUGUUUUUGUUGUAACUUGUUUUUGUGUAGUGUGUGUGCAUCUUGUAUAUUGCUGUACAUAUAAUAUAUAUAUAUAUAUACCACACACACACUGUCAUGAUGUUGUAUCAUAGACUUGAUUGCCUGAUUAGACGGACAAUAUAGGUUUGCAUUUUGGUCCAAUUUUCUAGCCUCGGUUAGGAAAACAAAUAUAAACGCGCGUGCUUGACAGAAUCUGAUGGGCUGUACAAAGUGGAUUUCAUGCACCUGAGCAUUGUUUUAAUAGCGUGUGGCCAUUCGUAAUUCAGUCAAUUGACAGUUCGAUAGAAGUAAUCAUUUGCGCUAACAUUGUAAGUAACGUUUUAUGAUGUUGGCGUAAGUGUUCGCUUUCCUCUUACUUUGCUUUGCAUUGGCAGUUUGUAAAAUAUGUGGCGUUGAAGACAAAUGCCUGUAUUACCAUUUCAGCUGAUUCCAUUACAUUUGUACAUAUGGUUGAUAGUCACAUAGGUAUUCAAAGGUCUAAUGUAACUGGCACUCCGUGAGUCGCGUUAAUAUGCGGCUCUUCCUCUCCUCCCCCCAAUCUAGACUGCUCUGCAAUAUAGGUUUCGAAAAGAGCAUGGCAGGGAAGUUUGCAUCAUUUGUCGUGGCAUUGUAAUCCUCCUCUGUUUUAUUGUUUUUUCAAGGUGGGUGUAUUCAGAAUUGCAUAAAUUGUUGAAUUUGGGGGAAGCCUUUGUUGCCGGAAUUGCUAACCGCUAUGCUAGUCAUGUGUGGUGGAAGAUGCUAGCUAUGACUUUCUUGACAUCUAUUUCCUGCACCAUGCUUUGUUUAAUGCUAUAUGUCAUGUACUCGGGUCAAAUUUUGAAAUUAAUACUUAAGUAAACUAAGAGUCGAUCUGAGGAAUACCGUUAGCCUCCUCAAAAUCCUAUUGGUUCUGUAUAUCCAAUAAAUACAGAAAGUGUAUCAAGUAACUAUGGGAUUUCAACUGCUAAGCCUAAAUGUAAGCAUGGUGACAUGCCUUCUCAAGCAUUGCCUAAAAUGUUUGAAUCUGGUUUCUGUGCAUUUUUUAUGUGCCCAUCAUGCAAAAUUUGUCAAGGUGAAAUGUGUACAUAAAACAUCCACAAUGUUUAGGAUUGUGUACAUUGCUGUUUCUGCAUCGAAGACACUCUUUUUCUCAUUACCCCUUCACUCCUUUUAUUUCGUGUUCUUCCAUGUUGGAGAGCGUGCAGUUCUUAGCUGACAUUCAGCAGUUACGUUUGACAAUAGCUUUUUCUAGAUUGGUCAAUAAAGAAAACAUGCUGAGCCACCUUUUA